GAGGAGCUUCUAAUUUUUGAAUUUAGAAAAAGAGAGAGACUAAUAAACUUUCAAAAUUUAUCAAAAAUGUUGUUAACACAAUUCAAUUACAACCAACUAGCUGAUUUACAGACACAGAACUAAAAAAGACUUCAACUUCACUUCAUUCUCAUCCUACAUUACAGACCCACAAGCAAACAUUUCAUCUUCUAUGAACGGUAGUAUGGGCAGACAAGGCCAGAGAUCUGCAGGCGGAGCAACGGCCACGGUCCAUCAUCAGAGACAAUAUUCCGACAACUUUUUAGAAACCUCUUCAUCUUCUUCAAAUGGUAGAUGGCUUCAAUCUGCAGGCCUUCAACAUCUUCAGAACUUAUCAUCUUCUUCAUCCUCUUCAAUCCCCCCUCUCCAGGAUUAUAAUUUCUAUGGUGGUGGUGGAGGAGGGGGGCAGGGGAUGAGAAUGUAUAGAACUGCCCAGAAGGGUUUUAAUGGAGGAAAUGAGUAUUAUGGAGAGCCUACUACGCCUCCCGUUAGUUCGCGCCAAUCGAGUUUGCGAAAGAAUGGGGACGACUCUCCUAAUGAGUUUAGUCCUGGCCUUUUGGAUCUUCAUUCUUUUGAUACCGAGCUGUUACCCGAGUUGCCUGUUCCUGGACUGUAUGAUGGUUCGUCUCUGUUUAAUCCUGUUAGAGGGCGAAGCUUCGAUGAUUCUGAACCUUAUAUCUCGAACAACAAGCAAACUGCCAGAGCUCCUGUUUUUCCAGAAAGCAACCUUCUCAAGAGCUUUACUGCAGACAAAGAAAAAGCCAGUUCCGUGGCCAAAAUCAAAGUUGUGGUGCGAAAGAGACCAUUGAACAAAAAAGAGCUAGCGAAAAAUGAAGAAGAUAUAAUAGACACACAUUCCAGUUCCGUAACAGUCCAUGAAACAAAGCUUAAGGUUGACCUAACAGAAUAUGCUGAGAAGCAUGAAUUUGUCUUUGAUGCAGUGCUGAAUGAGGAAGUCUCAAAUGACGAGGUUUAUCGUGAAACGGUGGAGCCUAUAGUGCCAAUUAUUUUUCAACGUACAAAAGCAACUUGCUUUGCAUAUGGGCAAACAGGAAGUGGAAAAACCUAUACCAUGAAACCAUUACCCCUCAAGGCUUCACGGGAUAUCUUGAGGUUGAUGCAUCAUACUUACAGGAAUCAAGGGUUUCAGCUGUUUGUGAGCUUCUUCGAGAUAUAUGGAGGAAAACUGUACGAUCUUCUCAGUGAUCGGAAAAAACUUUGCAUGAGAGAGGAUGGCAAGCAGCAAGUUUGCAUUGUUGGUUUACAAGAAUACAAAGUAUCAGAUGUGGAGACAAUUAAGGACCUCAUCGAGAAAGGAAGUUCUACUAGAAGCACUGGCACUACGGGUGCAAAUGAGGAAUCCUCCCGCUCACAUGCUAUACUUCAACUUGCUAUCAAGAGGUCUGUCGAUGGCAGCGAAUCAAAGCCUCCUCGUUUAGUUGGAAAGCUCUCCUUUAUAGAUCUUGCCGGAAGUGAACGUGGUGCAGAUACCACAGAUAAUGAUAAGCAGACGAGAAUGGAAGGUGCAGAAAUCAACAAGAGUUUACUUGCACUGAAAGAAUGCAUAAGGGCCCUGGAUAACGACAAGAGUCAUAUUCCCUUCAGAGGCAGUAAAUUGACUGAGGUUCUGAGGGAUUCUUUUGUUGGCAAUUCCCGGACUGUUAUGAUAUCCUGUAUUUCUCCAAGCUCAGGAUCAUGUGAACACACUCUUAACACCUUAAGAUAUGCUGAUAGAGUGAAGAGCCUUUCGAAAGGAAACACCUCAAAGAAGGACAUAUUGUCUUCAACCUUAAAUCUAAAAGAAUCAACGGCAGUGCCCUUAUCCUCAGUUUUACCUGCUUCAUCUAACUUUGAUGAUGAUGUAACUGAUGCAUGGGCUGAACAAGAUGAAAAGGAUGAUUUUGAUGCAUCUGAAGACUCCUAUGAACAAGAGAAACCAAUAUGGAAAGAGAAUUUGAAGGUUGACUCAUACAAUCUAUUAACUUCAGAGGAUAAAUUACAGAAACCCAUUGGUCAGACAAAAUGGAAGGAUCGACCAAAAUCUGAUCUUAAGAACUCACAUUCAGACGAUGAUUUGAAUGCUCUGCUGCAGGAAGAGGAGGAUCUUGUAAAUGCUCAUAGAAAACAAGUGGAGGAUACAAUGAACUUAGUUAGGGAGGAGAUGAACCUAUUGGUCGAAGCAGACCAACCUGGCAACCAACUAGAUGAUUAUAUUACCAGAUUGAAUGCCAUUCUUUCUCAAAAGACUGCAGGGAUACUACAAUUACAAAACCGUUUGGCCCAUUUCCAGAAGCGAUUGAAGGAGCAUAAUGUUUUAAUAUCUUCUGUUGGCUAUUGAUCCUCAUGGAACUGGAGACAUCAUACGUGAUAUGAUCGAUGUUUUACCUCUUAUGCAACCAUUUUUUAGAAUGUAAUGAUUGUUACGGAUGUAGUAGUUUGGUUUGAGAUGUUGGAGAUCGAAUAAGGUCCAUCUCUCUUUCAAUCGUUAUACUAGAAAGCUUAUUUUUGAGUUCAUGCCACAUUCUGGCAUGCUUUGUAAAUUUGGUUUUAGCACUACAAUAUCAUUCAUUUAAUGGAUUCUUAUUAUAAAUUGUUUUAA